AUGACCAUCCCGUCCUCCACCGGAGAGAUGGGGAAGAAGGUGAAGGCCAAGGCGAAGAAGGCGCAGCAGCGGGAGCCGCUGGCCGAUGCUGGAUCCGGCGACGAGGCCUCGCAGGACGUCGAGGAAGCGGCUGUCUCGGCCGGCGAUUGGGAGCAGUGCGGCCACUACAGCCGUGACAGUCGCCACUUGGACAAGGUCCUACGGGAGAUCGUGUCUGCCAAGCAUCUCGCGUCGUGUGAGCACUGCCGGGAGGAGGCCCCCCGGAAGAAAGGCGGCGGGGGUGGCAAGGAGAAAGGCGGUAAGCAGCAGAAGAAGAAAGGCGCUGCUGCCAAGACGCAGGCCAAGGCGGAGAAGAAUGAUGAUUUGUGGGUCUGCUUGGACUGCGGCCGGCACUUCUGCGGCGGCGCCGUGUCAGAUACCAAGCCAUACGGCCAUGCCAGAAGGCAUGCCAAGCAGGACCGGCACUGGUGGGCUGCACGCUAUGAUAAACAAACCAUCGCUUAUUGCUUGUCAUGCGAAAAUGAGGUGUCCAUCGAGCUGCCUGUAGUGGAGACAGUUGUAGCAGCGCCAGCCGUUGAGAAGGUGGUUCUUGGUGCGGUGGAGAGCAAUGCAUUGGUUUUGGCUAAUAGCCAUGGUAAUGUGAUUAAAGGGCUGCCGAAUCUUGGAAAUACAUGUUUCUUCAAUGCAGUGCUGCAGAGCCUCCUAGCGCUUGAUAAGUUUCGCAGCAAGAUGCUAGGACCAGAUGUUCCAAUAGGAGCCAUUGCUAUGUCACUGAAGAAGUUGUUUGUGGAAACGAGUGCUUCAAAUGAUGCAGGAGGUGCACUGAGCCCAAAGAGCCUCUUCUCAAGUAUUUGCUCGAAAUACCCUCAGUUCAAAGGCUACCAGAUGCAGGACAGUCAUGAAUUGCUCCGCUGUUUUCUUGAUGGUUUAGGCACGGAGGAAACUGAAGCGCGGAAGGCAGCGGAGGAUGCUUCCAGUGCUGCUGGGGUUCCUACAAUUGUUGACUCCAUCUUUGGGGGUCAGCUGUCUAGUACUGUCUCCAGCACAGAAUGCACACACGGAUCUGUUAAGCACGACCAAUUCCUUGAUCUCUCGCUACCAGUUCCAUCAAGGAAACCUCCAGCCAAGAGUGUUUCAUCACCACCAGCAAAGAGGACCAAGCAGUCUAUACGAGAUAGGAACAAAAAUCGCAGAUAUGGAAAGGUUCCUACCCGAGUGUCUCCUGCAAUAGCGGAGAGCAGCAAAGAACAAGUACAAACAAUUGCUGAAGGCAAUGAUUCCCAGAUUCCAGGUUCAGAGUUAGGACAGGUUGUCAGUGAGAAAGAACAUGAGCCCUCUGAAUGCAGUGAGUCAUGUGCUUCUGUUCCCAACCAAGAGCUGAAGGCCACUUCUAAUGUGGAGGAUGACAUUUCCUGGUUAGAUUAUCUUGCUGAUGCAGAUGAAACGAAGUCUGAGAUUCUUGAUUCUGCAUGUUCGACUGGAGCAGGACAGAUCUGGAACAGCAACGAUGCCAUACAUGGUUCAUUUCACAGUGGAGAUGAUGCCUUGCCCAAAGAGCAGGCCUUGAUUUCUGAUCCCUCAGGUGAGAACAUUGUUGAUGAUGCAACUUGUUUACAGACUGUGAUCUUGCUUCCUUACAAAGAAUUUGACACCACUGCUGAAGAAAUAUAUGAAACUGCAGAAAGCUCACAGAAUCCAAUAGUUUUUGGUCCUCAUCCAGCUGAUUAUCUAGCAGCAGAAAAUCACACACAGCCGUUAUAUGGCGGAGAUGGGGAACAAGAUGACUGUUUUGGUAUCGGUGAUAUGUUUGGUGAGCCUGAAAUAACUUCUGAUGCUAAGAAAGAAACUGGCACAACUGGAGAUAUUGAUGUGAUGGCUUGGAGUAGCAAUAGUGCUGAUGAUGAAGUGGAUGAUAGUAAUGCUCCCGUAUCAGUUGAGGGCUGCUUGUCAUUGUAUACUGAGCCAGAGCUGCUAACGGAAUCUUGGCAUUGUGAGCAUUGUUCUAUCGCUGUUGCACAGCCAAACACCAAUGAAUUAGAAGAGGGUGAGGAGACGGCAGCUAGUGCCAAUGAUAGAAAGGACAGUGCGGAGAUGAUGGCAAGUGGUGAUGAAAAACAUGUUGAUGAUAAGGUCCCGAGCUGCAGCAAAAAAGAGGACAUUGAUCAGAUUAUGGCAACUGAUGGUUGCUCUGUCAAUGUAAAUCCUGACAUGUGCUGUAACGAAGGGGUGUGUGCAAAUCCUUCUUUGGUUGAUGCUGAAAACACCUCUGAUGGUAAUUCUCCAGACGUUGACACUACUGAGCAGCCAGACAGUAAAACAUACCACCAGGAGUGUAGGGAUUUGAACAGCUCAGCAGUGGAAUUUACAUCUUCCAGUAAGCAACCGCAUGACUUUGCGCAGCAUAACGAUGGUCAUAAUGUGGAUGUAGCCGCUGAAGAAACGAGUGCACCAGUGAGUUGUGGCGACAAUGACUCGGCCUCUUGCAGUACUACUAGCGACAAAAAGGUUGAAUCUGGUGGUGCCAAUGCUGAAGAAGUUGUGACUAGUAGCCUUCCACCUGAGACGCAAAGCAUCUUACCGAGCGCCAAAGAUAAUGAAGAUGGCUUCACAAGGAAUAUCGGAAGGAGGAAGAGAAUGAAGGUGGUUGUCAAGGCACACAAAGGACAAGAUAACCAAAAUAAACAGAAAGAGGAUGAAACAAAGGUUUUCAGAGCUGCAAUGAGAAGAAUUCUUAUCAGCAAGGCACCGCCUGUAUUGACGAUUACUUUGAACAGAUUCAGCCAUGACUCUCAUGGUCGGUUCAGGAAACUGAAAGGGCAUGUGCGCUUUAAGGAGACACUCGAUAUACGACCGUACAUGGACCCAAGAUCCAAGGAUAAUGACAUCACCACUUAUCGGCUGGUAGCUGUUGUCGAGCACAUGGGAAGCAUGACAGGGGGGCAUUAUGUUGCAUAUGUAAGAUCUGGCAAGAUAGGGGGUCGGCAGCAGCAGAGCCGCUCCUCCAAGUCUUGGUUUUACGCGAGCGAUUCACACGUCAGAGAAACCUCUCUGGAGGAGGUUCUCAACUGCGAGGCUUACAUCCUUUUCUACGAGAGGGUGUCCGAGUAA